AAACGCAGUUGAAAAAGGAGUAUUGUCAAAAUUCGUCACACUGGCUCUAAUUUCGGAAGCGCGAAAAUUCGGUUGAUUUCGACGGACGCCGGCGAAUCGACGACGAGGAAGCAGUAAUGAGCAGCGUUCAAGCUGGACCCCACGCCCUAGCCUUCCGGGUGAUGAGGCUGUGCAAGCCCUCAUUCCAGGUGGACCCCAUUCCCCUCCUUCUCGACCCCGCCGAUCUUGUCGUCGGCGAGGACAUCUUCGACGACCCGAUUGCCGCCGCCCAACUCCCUCGCCUCCUCGACUCCCCCGCCUCCUCGAACCCCUCCUCCUCCGCCUCCUCCGACUCCUCCGAUCUCACCUACCGCACCCGAUUCCUCCUCCACCACCCCUCCGACUCCAUCGGCCUCUCCGGCCUCCUCGUCCUCCCCCAAGCCUUCGGAGCAAUUUAUUUAGGGGAGACAUUUUGUAGCUAUAUUAGCAUCAAUAACAGCUCCAAUUUCGAAGUCAGGGAAAUUAUAAUCAAGGCGGAAAUGCAAACAGAAAGGCAGAGGCUUUUGCUGCUGGACACGUCGAAAUCUCCGGUUGAAUCCAUACGUGCAGGCGGCCGUUAUGAUUUCAUUGUUGAACAUGAUGUCAAGGAACUCGGCGCUCACACGUUGGUAUGCACUGCAUUGUACUAUGACGGGGAAGGAGAGCGUAAAUAUCUACCGCAGUUCUUCAAGUUCAUUGUGGCCAAUCCGCUUUCUGUCAGGACUAAGGUCCGUGUUGUAAAGGAAAUCACGCUUUUAGAAGCUUGCAUUGAAAAUCAUACCAAGUCAAAUCUUCUUAUGGACCAAGUUGAGUUUGAGCCCGCUCAGCAUUGGAGUGCAAAAAUCCUAAAAGCUGAUGAACAUCAUUCUGAAAAGAAUUCUCAAACAAGAGAGAUAUUUAAGCCACCAAUUCUUAUCAAAUCUGGCGGAGGAAUUCAUAACUAUCUUUAUCAGUUAAUAUCACAUGGUUCUGCCCAAGGGAAAGUUGAGGGAAGCAAUAUUCUUGGUAAACUUCAGAUAACAUGGCGAACUAAUCUGGGCGAACCUGGUCGCCUACAGACACAGCAAAUUAUGGGAACUCUACAUUUGAAAUUAGAAAAUGAGACAGAUAAGGAACUCGGCCCCUUUGAAGUUUGGUUAUCACAAGAUGAUUCACCUGAGGAGAAGGUUGUUGUGAUCAAUGGUCUUCAAACAGUGGUUUUGCCGAGGGUUGAGGCUUUUGGUUCCACAAAUAUCAAUCUGAACCUCAUUGCUACUAAACUUGGAGUUCAGAAGAUCACGGGCAUUACCGUGUUUAACAUAAGAGAGAAAAAGUCAUAUGACCCUUUGCCAGAUUUGGAGAUUUUUGUGGAUCUCGACUAAUCAUUGCCUAGGUUUUACCGGUUUUGCUUCCCGUCUUGUGCGAGGAUUAUCAAACAUCGAGCGGAUGCCAUGAUCCGUCUCCUCAAUGAGCUUUAAUCAAGCCAAACAGAUCUGAAUGGAAAGCAUCAAGUUCUAGUCCGAUUACUGGUGAUGUUUACUUUCCUCCGGCCCUUGAUGACUUGCUUCAGUAAUCUCUUCCUUCCCUAAAGGGUUGUCCAAGUACUUGACGGUUUGAUUACAUUGGGGAACAAUUGUAUAGUUGUAAGAUUAGAUGACUUGCGAUGAACCGUAAGUAGUCUAAACGGAGUAGCUAAUAAACGGAGUAGCUAAUGAAACUACUGAUUUCUGAUACAAUUGCUUGGAAACUAUUGUUACAUAAGAUGAAGGGUAAUUUGCACUUUACUACUUUUUCUCUCCCUCCAUUUCUUUCCUAACAGUUGUUUGGUCCUCAAAUUUGGUUCUGAGAGUUGGAUUGAAGUAUCUUACACAUUUUUUUCCCUGAA